CGCGGUGACAGUAACCAGAUACCGGAACGGAACAAAACCAGCCAAGUCGUUCAGCGGCGCAGAAGCAGACAGCUUGGAGGUUUAGACGAUACAAACUAAGGCCUGGUCUACACUACACUACAAAGUUAGGGCAGCAUAUGCCAUGUUAAGUCGAGUUAAUAACGUAUGAAUCUACACUAUCGAGUCCCUUCCACUGACGUAAAGGGCUUAUAAAGUCGACUUCUGCACUCCACCCCUGCGAGAGGCAUAGUGCUUCAGUCGACAUCCACGCAUCGACUCUGGGAUAGUAUAGACACUGCAUUGUAUAAUUUGAAUGAAUUAGCCUCCAGAAGGUGUCCCACUGUGACCGCUCUGGCGAGGACUUUCAACUCCACUGCAUUUCAGCCAGGUACACAGGAAACAGCCGCCCACCUGUUAAAGCCCCAGGAACUUUUGAAUGUUCAUUUCCUGUUUGAUCGGUGUGGAGAGCUCAUCAGCACAGCUGAUCAUGGAUGUUCAAGGCCGCAAAUGCGCUCAAGCAUGGAGCACACAGGAGGUGGUGGAUCUUAUUGCUGUGUGGGGAGAAGAGUCUGUUCAGGCAGAGCUCCGAACCAGCAGAAGAAACACUGACAUCUAUGCCAAGAUUGUGCAGGGCAUGGGGGAGAAGGGCUAUACCAGGGACCCACAGCAGUGCCGCCUGAAAAUAAAGGAGCUUCGGCAAGCGUACCAGAAGACAAGGGAGGCGAACAGUCACUCUGGUUGUGAGCCGCAGACAAGCUGCUUCUAUAAGGAGCUGCAUGCGAUUCUGGGUGGUGACCCCACCACUGCCCCAAAACGCUCUGUGGAUACCUCUCAGGAGCCCUGGGUGACCUCAGGCAACAACAAGGAGGACAUUGUUGACGAGGAGGAGGAGAAUGCACGGCAGGCAAGCAGAAGAUACAUUCUCCCUGACAGCCAAGAACUUUUUUUGACUCUGGAGCCCAUCCACUCACAGGACCAGUUGGUGGUGGAGCGUGAUGCCAGGGAAGGCACCUCUGCUCAAACCUUGUCCGUAGGCACAUCCUCCACACUGGGACAGAGACUUUCCCAGAUUAGAAGGCGGAAAAAGAAGACUCAGGAGGACAUGUUCAAUGAGUUAAUGCGGGCCUCCGAGAGUGACAAGAUGGAGCUCAGCGCAUGGAGGAUUGCACAAUAACCGCAAGGACAAAAGAGCAUGCAGGGAACAUGAGCGUGACAUGCAGGAUGAGAUGGUGCAGAUUAUGAGGGAGCAAACAGACAUGUUGAGGCAUCUGGUUGAGGUUCAAGAAAGGCAACUGGAUGCUAGAGUCCUGCUGCAACCUAUGCUGAACCUGCUGCCAUUGUCGCUAAGCUCCACAUCCUCUUCUCCCAGAUGUUGUAGGAUGGUGGACGGGGAGGGGGAAUCAGCUGAGGGAAGUUCGGCAUCCCUUGCACUCAACUCCAGAGGAGAGUACAAGGACCAGAAAGUGCCCAUUCUCACAUCUUUGAUUGUUAUUGCAGUGCAACUGUUUCUCUCCUGCCUCCCCCACAUUUUAUCAGCCCUUUUGC